GGGGCCCCACCACUCCCGGAUGACUCCCAUGAUGAAGCUGGCCCUCUUGCUCUUUGCUGUGCUGGCCGUGGUCAUCGGGCCAGCCAGGGCACUCCAAUGCCACGUGUGUGAAAGCUCCUCCAACUGUAAGGAGGCCCAGAGCUGCCCGUCCAGCGCGCGCUACUGCCGGACCGUCGUGACGGUGGAGACGCUGUCCGGGAACCUGGUGAAGAAGGACUGUGCGGACCACUGCCAGCCCAGCCUAAGCCAGCAGGGCCAGGUCAGCAGCGGCUCGUCCACCACCAUGUGCUGCCAGGGCAACCUGUGCAACAGCCGAAGCACCAGCAAGGCCGCCCCGCGUGCCACCCGCACCGCCCUGGCACUGCCGCUGGCCCUCGGCCUCCUCGCCCUGGGCCUGGCGCCCUGCCUGUGA